UGCAGUGACUCGUGUUAAAUGGAGGUUUGAAGAUACAUUGUCGUUUUUAUCACCACAUAUGAAAGAAAGGAAUCAAAAGUCAAACUUGGAUACUGGAAAUUUAUCUGAUUCUCAUGAUAACAGCAUAAAUAUAACACAUGAUGAUGAAACCAAUCAAUUUUUAGAAGGUUCAGAUCAGUCACCAUUUCCAAGCAAUUCUUCAUAUGAGGUCCCAUCGCCACUCCCAAGUACUUCAUCAUAUGCAAACCCAUCGCCCGCUUCUACUAUAUCCUUAUCUCUUGGCAGCAAUUCACAUAAUAAAAAAAAUAAUAAAACUUCUCAACAACCAACGACAGCUCAAGUUCUUCAAAACUAUAUAGAUUCAAAAAAAGCCAAGGUAGAACCACCUAGUGACCACAUUGGAGCAUUUUUUACCGCUAUGGAAGCAACUACUAGAAGACUGCCACCAGUUCUUCAAAUCGAAGCAAAAGCUAAAAUCAGUGCAUUACUCUCGGAUUUGGAGAUGAAAGCUUACUAUCUUUCUACUGAACAUAAUGUUUCUAUUGCUUCGCCACAUCAAAGUACAGUAGAACUUCGAUUAACCGUCACUGUCGGGACCGGGGCUAUGACGGUUAAUCGAAUAGACGGCUCAGUUUCUUCAGAUUCGCACGGUAUUAUUUCAGGCCAUAGUUUGUUCCACCCAUUCUUCAACUUAUCCAACUCCUUCAAUGAUACAGCAAAUAUGACGCUAACUGCACAUAAUAUUGCCUCACCACUUCAAAGAACUUCUUACCAAACAAACAAUAUGACACCAACUGUGUCUCCUAGCAAACCAAUGGAUUUUUCAACUUGCCAACAUCGUACUCAUUGUACAACAUACACAUCAACUUCUGGAGGUCAAAUUGAAAUCUUUGGAAUCGAUAACAAUUUAUAUACUUUUCAAUAA